AUGAACAACUCCCCCGGCGGCUACCGUGUAGCCAAGGAGUUUGGCAAGAUAUCCAAGUCAAGACUUUGGGAUGGUCUUUUUCCUGGCUCCAACCGUGAUCUAUUGACGCCAGUGUGCCUUAUACGAUACGAAUCACGCUUGGCGGAGUUGAUAGUUGAAUACCAACACGGACUAUGUAUAUAUAUAUCUCAUGCCUCAUUCCCUCCUUCCCUCAGUCCGUUCUAUCUGACUGAGGGUAAGCCGCUCUUCGUUAUCACGCCAUACAUACAUAACUUACUUGUCAUUCCUAGACUAACGCUGUCUAGUAUCAACAGGUUAUGA